AUGAAUUUUGAAACUUCACGGUGGGCCACCCCACAGUACUGCCCCGACCCUUACAUCCAGCGGUUUGUAGAAACCCCAGCUCACUUUUCUUGGAAAGAAAGUUAUUACCGAUCCAGCAUGUCCCAGAGCACACAGACAAGUGAAUUCCUCAGUCCAGAAGUUUUCCAGCAUAUCUGGGAUUUUUUGGAACAACCUAUAUGUUCAGUUCAACCCAUUGAUUUGAACUUUGUGGAUCAACCAUCAGAAAAUGGUGCGACGAACAAGAUUGAGAUUAGCAUGGACUGUAUCCGCAUGCAGGACUCGGACCUGAGUGAUCCCAUGUGGCCACAGUACACAAACCUGGGGCUCCUGAACAGCAUGGACCAGCAGAUUCAGAACGGCUCCUCGUCCACCAGCCCCUACAACACAGACCACGCGCAGAACAGCGUCACUGCGCCCUCACCCUACGCGCAACCCAGCUCUACCUUCGACGCCCUGUCGCCGUCGCCCGCCAUCCCCUCCAACACCGACUACCCGGGUCCACACAGCUUCGACGUGUCCUUCCAGCAGUCAAGCACCGCUAAGUCGGCUACCUGGACGUAUUCCACUGAACUGAAGAAACUGUACUGCCAAAUUGCAAAGACAUGUCCCAUCCAGAUCAAGGUGAUGACCCCACCUCCUCAGGGCGCUGUCAUCCGUGCCAUGCCUGUCUACAAGAAAGCUGAGCAUGUCACCGAGGUGGUGAAACGGUGCCCCAACCAUGAGCUGAGCCGUGAAUUCAACGAGGGACAGAUUGCCCCUCCUAGUCAUUUGAUUCGGGUAGAAGGGAAUAGCCAUGCCCAAUAUGUAGAAGACCCCAUCACAGGAAGACAGAGUGUGCUGGUGCCUUAUGAGCCACCCCAGGUUGGCACUGAAUUCACAACAGUCUUGUACAAUUUCAUGUGUAACAGCAGUUGUGUUGGAGGGAUGAACCGCCGGCCAAUUUUAAUCAUUGUUACUCUGGAAACCAGAGAUGGGCAGGUCUUGGGCCGACGCUGCUUUGAGGCCCGGAUCUGUGCUUGUCCAGGAAGAGACAGGAAGGCAGAUGAAGACAGCAUCAGAAAGCAGCAAGUCUCGGACAGCACAAAAAACGGCGAUGGUACGAAGCGCCCUUUUCGUCAGAACACACAUGGCAUCCAGAUGACAUCCAUCAAGAAACGAAGAUCCCCAGAUGAUGAACUUUUAUAUUUACCAGUGAGGGGCCGUGAGACUUACGAAAUGCUGUUGAAGAUCAAAGAGUCCCUGGAACUCAUGCAGUACCUUCCUCAGCACACUAUUGAAACAUACAGGCAGCAGCAGCAGCAGCAGCACCAACACUUACUUCAGAAACAGACCUCGAUGCAGUCUCAGUCUUCAUAUGGUAACAGCUCCCCACCUCUGAACAAAAUGAACAGCAUGAACAAGCUGCCAUCCGUGAGCCAGCUUAUCAACCCUCAGCAGCGUAACGCCCUCACUCCUACCACAAUUCCUGAUGGCAUGGGAGCCAACAUUCCUAUGAUGGGCACCCACAUGCCAAUGGCUGGAGACAUGAAUGGACUCAGCCCCACCCAAGCCCUCCCUCCCCCACUCUCCAUGCCAUCCACCUCCCACUGCACCCCCCCACCUCCGUACCCCACAGAUUGCAGCAUUGUCAGUUUCUUAGCGAGGUUGGGCUGUUCAUCAUGUCUGGACUAUUUCACGACCCAGGGGCUGACCACCAUCUAUCAGAUUGAGCAUUACUCCAUGGAUGAUUUGGCAAGUCUAAAAAUCCCUGAGCAGUUCCGACAUGCUAUCUGGAAGGGCAUCCUGGACCACCGGCAGCUCCACGACUUCUCCUCCCCUCCCCACCUCCUGCGGACCCCAAGCGGUGCCUCUACAGUCAGCGUGGGCUCCAGCGAAACCCGGGGCGAGCGUGUUAUUGAUGCUGUACGCUUCACUCUCCGCCAGACCAUCUCCUUCCCACCCCGUGACGAGUGGAAUGACUUCAACUUUGACAUGGAUGCUCGUCGGAACAAGCAGCAGCGCAUCAAAGAGGAGGGGGAGUGAGCCCGAUUGUCAGCCACCCCAUCCUCUUCCCACCUGCCUGCCCCCCUGCAAGGCACUUCCUUUUGAUAUUCAAAUCAUGCUCCCAAACUCCUCUCCUU